UGUUUAUUUUCCAAUGCUUUCUAGAACACCCUUUCCCACAGCCCCUACAAUUAUAUAAACCAUAAACCAUCUCCCCAUAAUUCCAACUUCUUUUUCUCACCAUAAUAAUCCUCUCCAACUAUUGUUGUUUGUUUUACAAUCAUCGGAAACUAACGUGUGUUGGAAGUUAUGUUCGUGCACGCUCAUGGAAAAAACUAAGAAAUCAUCGGCUGCCGAUAACAAGAUCAACCUUUCCAAUUACGACCUGGCUCGAUCUCGCUUGUUUCUUUCGGGUUUUUAUUGUUGGGGCUGGGAGUUUCUCACCGCUCUUUUGCUGUUUAGUUGCUGAUUACGUUAUUCCGUUAGAUUAGAAUUUAGUGAAUUUAGGUCAUAGGUAGUUGAGAUUGAAAAAAGUUAGAAAAAUGAGUCAUCGGUCAGCUCCAGCACCGUUUCUGUGUAAGACGUAUUUCAUGGUGGAUGAUCCGGCUACGGAUGAUGUGAUUUCGUGGAACGAAAGCGGAACAACGUUUGUUGUUUGGAAAACGGCGGAUUUUGCUAGGGAUUUGCUACCGAAUUCGUUCAAACACAACAAUUUCUCGAGCUUUGUUCGUCAGCUUAAUACAUAUGGGUUUCGGAAAACCGUACCAGACAAAUGGGAAUUUGCAAACGAACACUUUAAACGUGGGCAAAGAGAGCUUCUACUCAAAAUCCGUCGUCGAAAAACCAUCACAACAUCCCAAUCUCCCGCAAAUGGGAAGGCAACUGACAACGGUGGUCCAACAUCAUCACCAACUAGUUCGGGUGAUGAUCAUGGAUCCAGCUCAACGUCUUCGCCGGAUUCCAAGAAUCCUGGCUCAGUGGACACACCAACCUUGGAGAAAUUGGAAAACUUGUCGGACGAAAACGAGAAACUAAAAAAAGAGAAACACACAUUAACUUCAGAACUUGCGCAAAUGAAGAAACAAUGUGAUGAUUUGGUCGCGUUCCUGACUCAAAACGUGAAGGUUGCGCCUGAUCAGAUCAAUCGCAUUAUGAAUGGCGAUGUUGUGGUUGAUGAGACAACGGUGAGUAGCGACAAUGAAUCGAAUGAUGAUGACGAAAAGAGUAAUUGUUUCAAGUUGUUCGGGGUGUUGUUGAAAGAAGAAAAGAAAAAGAGGUGCCGUGAUGAAGUAAACGUUUCUCUUGGGGCCAAACGGAAAGUAUGCAAUUAACAAAUAAAAAGACGCUGCAUUAUAUUAUUGAUCCGUUAAUUCAAAAGUAUAAUAAUAAUAAUGUCAAGGUAAUGUUUAGUUCAUAUAGUAAAACCGAGAUAUGAUAUUAUGUAUUUUUGACAUUUUUAUUUAUUUUUGUAUGUUUCUAUAAUUUGCUGUAAUCGAAUUUAUGUCGUAUUUUUUUUAACCAACGGAUAAACCACCUGUGUAUGUA